UAUGGUGGGAAGGAGUAGCUGGAGUAAACUCGUCUGUCUCAAAUUCUUCAAAUUACAAAGCGAUUUUUGGCGUAAUUGGCGUUUGAACGGUGACACACUAUAAACCACUGGCAAGUGCGAAGGGUCGUUUUAAAGCUGCCGGCUGAAGACGUCCGGAGUGUUUCGAAAACAGCGAGGCAUUCAUGACAGGUUGUGGUAUAUGCCUGCUGUUAUAGAAGUGAAGUGUGGUCAGUCUGGCUGAGUGGAACCUGUUCAGGCCCCAGGACAGUCGGUAGAGAUGGGAGCUAACACCAGCCAGGUCAGUGACCUAUCAGAGAACCCUAACCUCAGGGUGCUGGUGGGCACUGAGGCGAUAUCAGAAAAUGACCCUUUUUGGAACCAGCUUAUCUCCUUUACCUUCAUUAGUCCCACCAGCAGUGGAGACUCAAAGCUGCUGGAAGAGGCUGUCAUCCCCUUGGCCAAGACCCUCAUUGAAAACAAUCCCAGAACAGGGAACUUUGGCGCUCUUGUUAGAGUUUUCCUGGGAAGAACCAAAGAGCUAAAAAUCUCCACAGAAUGCCAAGAUCAGUUAUUUAUCUGGCAGGCCCACAAUGCACUGUUUAUGAUCCGGUGCCUGCUAAAGAUGUUCAUCCGAGAAAUGAGUGAGGAGGAGCUGCACCAACAGUUCGGCUACCAGGAGAGGUCGCCAGGCUCCUGCGGAGGGAGCGAUGACCUCCUUGAGGAGCUGAUGUCAAACCUUGUACACCUGAUUGUAGAAGUGCCCUUACUUGAUAUUACUUACAGUAUCCUGUUUGAGGCAGUGACCACUCUUCUGGUACUAUUCUCCUACCAACUCUUCCACAAAGACAUUCUCCGAGAUGGAUUAAUCUGUCAACACAUUAUGAAGGGACGAUGUCUGUGUUUGACAAGUCGACUGGUGAAGACCCUGCUAUAUAACUUCAUCAGACAGGAGAAAUGUCCACCCCCUGCAACACACAUCUUCGAACCCCAGGCUGAGGGAGGGGGCCUGCUCUACGGCCUGGCAUCAGGGGUUGCAAGUGGUUUGUGGAGCGUGUUCUCAUUGGGUGGAGCCGGCAGCAAGACAGGAAUGGACCAGGAACACAACCCUUUACCUUUGUCCAACCAAAGCCUUUUGCUGCUACUUGUUUUCGCCAAUCUGACAGACGGACCUGACUGGCCAAACCCCUACCGUCAGGCUGUUACUUGUUUCAGAAACACACAAGACAAUUCGUCGCUGCCAGUCGAGCAGCCCCACACUUUCCAGAUCAACUUCAACAGUCUGUACACAGCACUGUGUGAGCAGCAACGCUCCGAUCAGGCAACACUCCUGCUGUACACCCUGCUGCACCAGAAUGCCAACAUGAGAACAUACAUGCUCUCCAGGACCGAUAUGGAUAAUCUGGUGAUGCCUAUCCUUGAGAUCCUUUACCAUGUGGAGGAGAGGAACUCUCACCAUGUCUAUAUGGCCCUCAUCAUUCUGCUUAUACUGACAGAGGAUGAUACUUUCAAUCGCUCCAUCCAUGAAGUGGUAUUGAAAAAUAUCUCGUGGUACACAGAGCGGACUUUAACAGAGAUCUCACUUGGUAGUCUGCUCAUCCUUGUGGUCAUCCGCACCAUCCAGUUCAACAUGACUAGGACAAGGGAUAAGUACCUCCACACUAACUGCUUGGCUGCACUGGCCAACAUGUCAGCCCAGUUCCGCUGUCUCCAUCAGUACGCCGCCCAGCGCAUCAUCAGCUUAUUUGCUCUGCUAUCCAAAAAACACAACAAGGUACUGGAGCAGGCGACACAGUCUCUAAGAGGCAGACAGGGAGACAACGCAGGCCUGCCGGACUAUGCCCAGGACCUGAACGUCAUCGAGGAGGUGAUCCGUAUGAUGCUAGAAAUUAUCAACUCCUGCCUGUCCAACUCGCUUCAUCAUAACCCCAACCUGGUGUAUGCUCUGCUCUACAAGAGGGAGCUCUUCGAGCAAUUCAGGAUGCACCCCUCGUUUCAGGACAUCAUGCAGAACCUGGACACGGUAAUUGGCUUCUUCAGCCAGCGUCUAGAGCAGGUGGGAAGUGACCUGUCAGUAGAGAGGGUUCAAGAAGUGAUCAUGAAAGGAGCUCAAGCCCUACCCAAAGAAAGGCUCAAGAAGUUUCCAGAGCUGAAAUUCAAGUAUGUGGAGGAAGACCAGCCAGAAGACUUCUUCAUCCCCUAUGUCUGGUCCCUGGUCUUUAACUCCGGAGUUGGCCUCUACUGGAGCCCCCAGGGCGUCGAGCUGUUCAGCAUGGACUCUGGCUGAAACAGCGCUUUAAAAGACUUUGCGUGUCUUCAUCUGUUUGGUGUACAGAGAUGAAGUGGUUGAAAGUGUACGUGUGCAUCACCCUUUAUGUGUGCACGCUGCUGUGAAAGUGCCUCAACCUUGUACAGAAUGCUGUUUUGGGUUUUUUAUUUUAUUUUAUUUUGUUGGUUUUUUUUUUUUAGAGAAUUCAGCACAACCUUGCCCUCGCCCCUCCAACUCCUUCUCUCUUAUUGCAUAAUAACUCUUGUGUGCUGCUGCGGUAUGAAGCUCCAACCGUACUGUUAUCCUCACAAUAGCACCAAGUCAUUUACACACUCUGCCCUGUAGUGAACAUUUAAAAUAAAGUAUGCUUUUUUUGCAUGUACAGAGCAACUUUACUUGAAGGGUACCCUAACACCUAAGUUAUAUUGCUUCUGUAAAAGCCUUCUGCUCCUUUGUAGAGUUCAGGACACUGGCGAAGGGUAAGCCUCCUUCUUCCUGCUAGAAAAGGUCAGUUAAGACAAACACAUCUUAGUGUUACCAGGAUUUUGUUGACUGCUUUUAUGAACAUUAGGUUACAGCUGCACUGAACGCUGAGGGAUAUAACUGUACAAGUACACAUUUCUUGAAUGAAACGGCAAACAUUUCACCCUCUGUUAUACUGAGUUUUGCAUACUGUUACCUCACAAAUGGGAUCAGUUUCACUUCAUAUUUUUCUCUGAAUUCUCUCGGUGAAUUUAUAACAGCAGAGGACUGGGGCAAGUUAUACCGCUUUGUUAAUUUUCAUCCUCUGUGUCGCUUCCACCGUUGGUUUCCACACGUCAUGGUCAUAUUCAAGGAUGGGGCUUGGGACGCUGGCCCACCAGUGAUACUUGACAGCCACUUCCCAUCGACAUUAACAUACAUUUGAAUAAUUUAAUUCCAAUCCCUGGCUGAUGUCAUCACACGAACCUCGCUACACUACAGAUUCAGCUCUCCUCGCUCAGUCCGAAUGAUUUAAUUUACCUUAUCCAGCGACUGAAGCCAAGUAUUACGUCUCGAGCAUGUCAUCGAACCCUGCAUCGUGUUAUGCGUAAUCAUGGACGGCUCUUUAGUUUGUCACUUUGUCAGCAUGUUUAAUAAGGAAUAUUUGUAUGAAAGUAUUUAUUUUCGAAUAUGUUUUUGUAUAGUCAACCAUCGAAACCUAAACGGUAACAGCAGUUAAAAUGACUGAAGAAAGGCGAGGAAAAGGGGAAAAAAGGUGUUGUUCUGCUCUAAAAUAAAUAUUUCUCAGCUUGGAAGUUGGCUCCUCAUUAUUUCAUCGAAACUGGCGGGCUCACAUUCUUCAGGCAGUCAUUACUUUGAAUAAAGCAGUUUGCUGCUCCUCUACAAUGGGAUGGGUGAAUGCAGAAAAGAGAUUGGUUGUGAGAACGCAAUGACAAAUAAAGUGGCUUUCUUCUUUCUAAAUAAAAUGG